GCAUGACUGGACUAUUUAUGCAAUCCACCUAAUUGUCUCUAUCUAGAACGGAAUACCCUUUCCUCCGUUGACCUAAAAUCAAUGGUGAACUUGUCAAGUAUCUGAUAAAGACUCCUCCUUUGCUGCUCUCUGUGGCUCCAAUUUCUCCAUCGAUCAGGAAGAUUUCUCUUUAGCUAUGAGUGCAGGUCUAAAAAAAUCUUCUUCAAAUGGAUGUGAGAAGCUUUUAACAUCCGAAGAGCAGCAGGCAAAGAUUAAUGAGGUGAGAAGGUUGAUAGGGCCAUUGCCAGAUAAGUUGGCGAUUUAUUGUUCCGAUGCAUCAAUCUCAAGAUACCUAAGAGCACGAAACUGGAAUAUAAAGAAGGCUACUAAGAUGCUGAAAGGAACUUUGAAAUGGAGGGCAGAGUACAAACCGGAAGAAAUUCGCUGGGAGGAGAUUGCUUGUGAAGGAGAGACUGGGAAGAUUUGCCGAACAAAUUUUAUCGACAAGCAUGGGAGAACAGUUCUUGUGAUGAGACCUAGCUGCCAGAACACAAAGUCGACAAAAGGUCAAAUUAGGUAUUUGGUGUACUGCAUGGAGAAUGCUAUUUUAAACUUACCGGCUGAACAAGAGCAGAUGGUUUGGCUGAUCGAUUUCCAUGGCUUCAAUCUUUCCCAUAUUUCGGUUAAGGUGACAAAGGAAACAGCCCAUGUCCUACAAGACCAUUAUCCAGAACGCCUGGGUGUUGCAAUACUCUACAAUCCACCCAAGUUUUUUGAACCAUUCUAUACAUUGGUUAAGCCCUUCCUGGAGCCCAAGACUUACAAUAAAGUCAAGUUUGUUUACGCUGAUGACCUCAACACCAUGAAAAUAAUGGAGGAUCUAUUCAAUAUAGACCAGCUUGAGUCCGCAUUUGGUGGAAAAGAUACUUCAGGAUUUGACUUCAAUAAAUAUGCGGAGAGGAUGAGGGAAGAUGACAAGAGGAUGCCAUCCUUGUGGUCAAGCCAGUCUCUUCCCCUGGCAAUUCCACAACCUACACUGACAUCUAUUACCGCGUCAAAGCCGGUCAACUUAGACUCAGAUUCUAUUACUGCAUCAAAGCCGGUCAACUUAGACUCAGAUUCUGAUGCUUCUGAUGAUAAUAAACUAGAUGGUUCCAAUUCUCAUGGAAUAUAUGCAAAAGUUGUUUCCUCAGAUAACGAUUCUUCGCCUGCUGAUGGUGGGCAUAAUGGACCCAGUAACAUACAUCAGGAUGAAAUUGUCUCCCUUGAUGGCAAAGCUUAAGCAUUGUUUUUGGUUCAAGGUAUGGUGCUCAGUAGCCUCAAUGUAGCCCUGCUAACUAAUUAACUAUGUCAAUUCAUAUACAACAUUGAUUCUUAUCAUGUUGAAUGUUUAGCCGCAUUGAUCUUCAAGGAGGAUUUUUCCUUCUAGAGUUACUCAAAUGGACUUCACAGUUGUCGUUACAAUGUGUCUCUCUAUAACUAUAUACUUUGUGCCCGCGCCUGCCUGUGCGGUCAUAUUUAUGUCUUAUUAUUCCCCCUUUUUUUCAUGAAAUGCCCUUUGUUCUGAGAUAAA